UUUUAGACAGUGGGAAUGCCGGGUCGCGUCUCGCGCGCUUUUCUAGGCUGCUGCGUUUCAGCUGCGGCAAUUUCUGCACGCGCUUUGGGAGACGUACAGCUGGGUGUUUUGCCCAGGUCGGUCAGGAUCUGCAUUUCCUGCGGCACGGGCCUCUGGAAAAGGGGUGAGAGGUCGCCGACAGAUGCAUGUGUCUGGCUCUGUUCUUGCGAGAUGUGACUUCUACAUGGCAGCAUGCUGUGGCCACCGCUGAGAAUAGAGAUUCUCGGGAUGCAGCAGUCUGGCAAAAGACACCGGGAGGUACAAAGAUGGAGUACUGCACAGAAGAGCCACGGUACACUAUUGAGCAAAUUGACCUCCUGCAACGUCUCCGUCUCACUGGUAUGACCAAACCACAAAUUAUUCAUGCAUUGGACUCAUUGGAAAGACUCAGUAAAGACCAUAGCUACAAGUUCCAGCAACAACAGUCAACCCAGUGUUGCACAAGAUUUAGAAGUGCAUGUACAAUAUCUUCACCCCAACUUAUUACAGCAGCAACACAGACACACAGCAUUGCAGACUCCCUGUCACCGAGACACUGCUUUGAGUUCUUGGCCCCCAACCUUUAUCCUACCAAUGGCAGCCACAAGUCUCUUGGUUACGACCUUGUGGAGGAAGAGUGGGAUAUAGAAGUAAAAGUGGAAGAUUACAUGAGAAGAGACAGCAAUGUUGUGAAAGAGGAGAUCAAGGUAUUUUUGAACAACAGAAGGAUUUCACAGGCCAUUGUUGGACAGGUUACAGGUAUCAGCCAGAGCUAUAUUUCCCAGUGGCUGCUGCAGCAGGGCCUGGAAAUGAGUGAUACCAAGAAGAGAGCUUUCUAUCGUUGGUACUUGCUUGAGCGGAGCCGUCCAGGGGCUACAUUGUCUCUUCGUCCUCUUUGUGGAGCUUUAAAAGAAGAGCCAGAGUGGAGGACAAGUGGGAGUCCAGCUGGGGGAGGAACCUCACUGAGAAUGCGUAGAGGCAGCCGAUUCACUUGGAGGAAGGAGUGCCUCGUUGUCAUGGAGAGGUUCUUUGCAGAUAAUCAGUACCCAGAUGAAUCACGGCGUGAGGAGAUAGCAGAAGUGUGCAACACUGUUAUUGAAAAAACAGGCUCCAAAUUGUCAGAAUUUGAAAGAGUUACAGCUCUUAAAGUGUAUAAUUGGUUUGCAAAUCGCAGAAAGGAGAUGAAAAGAAGAGCAAACAUUGAGGCUGCCAUUCUGGAGAGUCAUGGUAUUGAUGCUCACAGUCCCAGCUGCCAGUCAAAUGAAGAAGAAGUUAAUGGAACGGACUUUGGAGAUCAAGUAGAGGAAGAAGAUCUAACAGAGUGUGAGUCUCAACAGCGACCAGUCUUGAUCCAUCUGGAUACAGCAGUACAUGGUUCAGUAUUACAACAGACCAAACAACUUAGUGAACAGCUUAAAAGAGAAGAUGCGGAUGAGAAAUGAAGAUCAGGUGAAUUCCAGUGUAGAGGUGUUAAGUCGCAAGUUCACAACAGAAAUGUCUGAUAGGAAAAGUUAAAAAAAAAAAAAAAAAUCCUUACACAGUAUAGUACAUUCCAAAAGUAUAUUAACAAUACACUGGGAAAGUGAAGGAUGUUCAAGGACAAGGAUUGCCUAUAAGCAAGCUUAAGUAACUAUUUUAUAGGGCACCAUCUUAGGACCUAUUUUAUAGGACAAUAUAACUUUUAGUUAUUGGAGGAAAUUGCAGAAUGUCCUCUAAAACGGCCAGGACCUUUUAUUCAAAUGAGAUUUAAGCAGUCAUUCACUUAAAGACAUAUAUGCAUUCUGACUCAUCUAUUCUGAAUUCUAAGUAGACUGGAACAAUGUGUUACAGUAAUGUUGCUAAUACUCCUAAAUUAAUUUUUUAAACAUUAGCUCUGAUACAGUAUAGUGUGCUUCAAAAACACAUUUUAAUGGUAAGUUAGAAUAGCUGAAACCCCAAAUUAUAUGUUGGAAAUUAUGUUUAAAUUUAGAUGUAUUCAUUAUACACACAAUCCAGUGGGACAAAGAUCUGAUAUAAAGUGUAUAUAUGUCUUGCCUUGACAGAUAAGGGGACUGCACCUUAGGACGACUGUUUUUUUUCUGGAGUGCUGACCACCAUGGAAUUCUUGUAAUAUUUUAUAUAAUGUACUAUACAUAUACAGUAUAGUAGUGUAAGUACUAUGUAAGUACUAUAUGUAAGUAGUCUUAUACUAUAAAUUGUCUGACAUACUCCAAGUAAAAUUCAGGAUACAUAUCAGACCCUCUUGUCAUUAAAUUCUGCAACCGAUCUGAGAUGUUUAUGCAUAGUAAAGUUCUGGAAUGUGAGUUAUUUCUUACAGCAAUGUUAAUUGUAACUGUACCUCAAAUGUUCCACUUCAUAACUUAGAGACACCCCAGAACCAGACUUCAGUAAACUAGUCUUGAAUCUAGUGCCUUUUAGACUGAAGACUGUUAAAAACAUUUUGACUGAUAAUCAUUGUCACCAAUAAACGUAGCUGUGUGUCUAUAUAUAAUCUUGUAUUUUACCAGUCUGAAUAAACUGAUGUUAUCCUUUUUA